UAUAAAAGGCUUGGCCUCUUCUAAUAUUAAUUUGUGGCAACACAUAACUUCUCAGUAAUCUAAGUCUAACAUCUGAUAUAGCUUUGUUUUCCUUCACAAUAAUGGAGUUGGGCCUCCAGAAUAUCCCCUCACCUGCAAUCUUACCCUUCUUCCUCUUCUUGUUCAUAGUGCUUGGCAUAGUUUGGAGAUCCAAAACCAAGCCUUCAAGUUCCAAGUUGCCACCAGGACCACCAAAACUUCCUCUUAUAGGGAACAUGCACCAGCUUGGUGCCAUGCCUCAUCAUGGCCUAGCAAAAUUGGCACAGCAAUAUGGGCCACUGAUGCACAUAAAACUUGGUGGACUUUCCUUCAUAGUGGUGUCUUCCCCUGAAAUGGCCAAAGAAGUGAUGAAGACACAUGACAUCAUCUUUGCAAAUAGGCCUCAUUUUAUUGCUGCAGAUGUUAUAACUUAUGGUUCUAGAGGCAUCACCUUUGGCCCUUAUGGAAGUUACUGGAGGCAGAUGAGAAAGAUUUGCACUUUUGAACUUCUAACUCCAAAGCGAGUAGAAUCAUUUCAAUCAAUUAGAGAACAUGAAGCAUCAAAUCUUGUCAAAGAGAUAGGUUUGAGUGAAGGGUCAAGUAUCAAUCUCAGUAAGGUGAUCAACUCAUUCUCCUAUGGCUUAACAUCAAGAGUAGCCUUAGGAGGAAAAUCCGAAGAUCAAGAAGCAUUCAUAGCUGUUAUGAAGGAUGUCACAAAGCUAGUUUCUGGCUUUUCUAUAGCUGACCUUUAUCCUUCCAUUGAAGUGCUUCAGGUUUUGACCGGAAUAAAGUCCAGAGCUGAGAAGCUUCAUAAGGAAUUAGAUAGGAUUCUUGAAAAAAUUGUCAGAGAUCACAGGGAGACAAGUUCAGAAACAAAGGCAAUCAAUGAAAAAGCAGGUGAAGAAGACCUAGUUGAUGUCCUGCUAAGGCUUCAGAAGCAGAACAACCUUGAGCAUCCUAUAUCUGACAGCACUAUCAAAGCAAACAUGUUGGAUAUGUUCAGUGCCGGAAGCGGUACUGCAGCCAGAACCUCAGAGUGGGCAAUGUCAGAACUUGUAAAAAAUCCAAGGGUGAUGGAAAGAGCACAAGCUGAGGUAAGAAGGGUCUUUGAUGGAGUAGGGCAUGUAGAUGAAGCUAAAUUCCAUGAAUUGAAAUACUUAAAGUCAGUAAUCAAGGAAACACUUCGUCUACAUGCUCCUGUUCCAUUGUUACUUCCAAGGGAGUGCAGUGAGAGAUGUGAAAUUAAUGGAUAUGAGAUACCUGCCAAUAGCAAGGUUAUUGUUAAUGCAUGGUCAAUAUGCAGAGAUCCAAACUAUUGGAUUGAAUCUGAGAAAUUUUACCCUGAGAGAUUCCUUGAUAACCCAGUUGAUUACAAAGGUGCAGAUUUUCAGUUUAUCCCAUUUGGUGCUGGAAGAAGGAUGUGUCCUGGCGCUACAUUUGGCACUGCUAAUGUUGAAAUAUUGCUAGCAAAUUUGCUUUUCCACUUUGAUUGGAAGAUGCCUAAUGGGAAUAAGCCUGAAGAACUUGACAUGACUGAAUCAUUUGGCUUGUCUGUAAGAAGAAAACAUGAUUUGUACAUGAUUCCUAUAAUGCAUCACUCAUCUGCAAAUUAAGACCUCUGUGAUGAAAAUACACAUAUUGCAGCUGAGGAGCCAACCUUAUUGUGUAGCUUCCUUCCCUCUUAUGAUGUGUAUAUUGAUAUCAUUGUUUGGAUUUUGUUGUUAAUAUUAGAACAGUGUGUUUUUAUUUAUAUUCAUCACAA